AUGGCGUUCAUUAGCCUCACCUCUAGAACACGGCUGCUCCUCCGCUCGCAACCCUUCAGAACAUUUGCGACGGAGUCACCCAGCUCUUUCGCCCCCAAAGCCGCCCCUUAUCAAGUCUUUGACAGAAAUGCUAAACGCAUGCAGAAAGACCGUGCCGUUUCCCGAGAUGCCGGCGUUCGAAGCAGGACAGUCGACUACGUCAGAGAGGAGGUAGCAGAGAGGCUCAUGGAGCGACUUAUGGAUAUCAAACGCAAGUUCGAUACUAUAGUUGACCUUGGUUCUGGGCCGGGGCAUAUGUCCAAAUUAUUAGAUCCUGAGAAGACGCGCAAGGUCAUCAUGAUCGACUCGAGUGAACAAACUCUAAAUCGUGACCCUGACGAGGAAUUUGAAGUGGAAGUCGAGAGAGUAAAUGCCGACGAGGAAGCUUUACUCGAUAUCCUUCCCCGCAACUCCCAAGAAGCUGUCAUGUCUUGCUUGAGCCUUCAGUGGGUCAAUGACCUUCCAGGUGUUCUCGUACAGGUGAAAGAAUCCCUGAAGCCAGAUGGCCUCUUUCUAGCGGCUAUGUUCGGAGGGGAUACACUCUUUGAGCUAAGGACGGCUCUCCAGCUUGCUGAAGUUGAGCGGGAAGGUGGCAUCUCACCUCAUAUUUCCCCCAUGACCGACACCAAGGACAUGUCUAACCUGCUUUCCCGCGCUGGAUUUACCCUCUUGACUGUUGACAUUGACGAGGUCAAGGUAGAAUAUCCUAGUAUAUGGGAGCUGCUAGAUGACCUCCGCGACAUGGGCGAAAGUAAUAGCGUGCUGGGACGAAGGCACAUCAUUAGUCGAGAUACGUUGACAGCUGCGUCGGCAAUCUACAAGGAAAUGCAUGGUACACAGGAAGGCAAUAUCCCAGCUACCUUCCAAGUCAUUUACAUGAUUGGCUGGAAACCCGCCCCCAAUCAACCGAAGCCGUUAGAGCGCGGGACGGGAGAGACCAGCUUAAACGAGGUUUUGUAGGAGAGUCAUAAUACAUUCGCCUAAAGUUACACCAAAGUAACGGCCAGUAUCUGCUGGUCCUCAUUUGUCACAGUCGUCCUGUUUACGAAUCAGGUUCCCGCUCUGCGAGCUCUUGAUCGUUCACUUCUUCCUCCUUUUCAUUUAUAGGUCCCGCGGAGACAUUGUCGGUUUCACCGCUGAUGAACUUCCGCUUUGGAAUCACACUCCAGAACGCGCCCUCCCAGUCCUGGGUUUCUGUCCAUCUCAGCAGUAUCUCGAACACCUAUUUCACGUCCAAAACAUCACAGCAUGGCCGAAGACGGCAAUCCACGUACCUGGUUCACCGUCAAGACUUUGCGUGUCUUUAGCGAGGCAAGGUAUCUGCCUAUCGGAAGCCGGGCUGUCCUGAUACCUGCCUCCUUCGCUUUGUUCAGGCAUAGGUUUUUAUACCGAUUGUGGUCGCAAAUUCCUCCAAUGAUGUACACUUCGCCUUCCUUGAGUUCCAUGAGCUCUUCAUCAGUAUCCGCCGUCAGAUACACCACAUCCUCUUUCCUCGAACGAGUAUGCGAGCUCGAUAGCAGAGGCAACUGCUCGCUCUCGUCGUCUAGUGGUUGUUGAGGCUCUUCUGUGCUAACGGGUGCCCAUAGCCGUUCGUACCCUUCCUCCCACCACUCCGCGUUAGUCCAUCUUUUGUACGACGAAUCGUUCAUACUGUCUAGCCGUGCCUUUGUGCGUCCAUUGAGAGAAGUAAAUAUCAGACCCGAGAAAGGGUGCGAGGCGCGGCGGUUGGCACCAUAAGUGUAAGCGAGCUGUGAGGUCAAAGACACAAUUUCCUUGUCGAUCAUCAUGUCAUCAAAACCGAGGUCCACGACGACUUUAGCAUUAAACGUGGUCUGCUGUGCAGAUGAUCGGGCAAGCUUCUGUCGUUUGGUCCUCUGCUGCUCGUCUCCCUCUUCAUCGACAUCGCCAACCUCUCCUCUUUCCCGCUCAGCCUCUGCACGUUCCUUGCGUUUCCGUUUCUUUGCCUCCCUUUCCCGAGCCCGUCGUUCCACCUUGAUCUCAGCCAUACGCGCUGCCUUCGCUGCCUUCUUCUGGGCUUUCUUUGACAUGGGUUUCGUAAUGUCUUCCACGCUAUCCAUCGGAUCCGUUGAGGUAGGUUCUCCAUUGCCAUCAGUAAGAGAGUUGAAGACUGGCGCGUAUUCUGGGUCCAUUCUUGACUGGAGCGCAAUACUC